AUGCCGCGGCAGGAGCAGGAGAAGUGGCGGCCGAGGUUGGAGGUUGACAAGUAUGAUGAUGACAAGAAACAAAAAACUACGGGAGGGGAGGGGCAGCUGGAGGGGGAUGACUCGUUCCAGGCGGGGGAUUGGUGGUUGAGCAUGGCCUGCGCGAGGAGGGACGGGAUGGUGGGGACGGAGGAGGAGAGAGUCAGCCAGGGGAGGUAUAACGUUUACACGCUGCCGCUGUUGAGUGGACGAGAAGAAGAUAUUGGGGGGCAUGGGAAUAGAAGCAAGUAUGUGAGGACGGGGGGGUUGAAGGAGAUGCAUGUCAAGCUGAUUACGCUGGUGGGGAAGGAGGUGAGGGUUUUGAGGGGGUAUUUGCUCCGGAGCGGGAUCGCGCCGGGGGUGGGGGUGCGGUUUGAUGGGAUUUGGAAGCUGGCGAGUUAUAGACAUAAACUGGACUUGGGGACGGGGGAGUACAAGCUUGAGCUGGGGUUGGAGAGGGUGGCGAAUGGGCAGAGGGCGAUGAGGGAGGUGUUGAAGGUGCCGAGGCCGAGCCAGAUGGACGAGUGGGACUUGUUUGAGAAGUUGGAGGCUGACAAGGUGAGGCAGGUGCAGGGGGAGUCGGCGAGCUAUGCUUGGAGGAUGCAGAGGGAGGAGGCGAGGGUGGAGAGGGAGAUGUGGAAGAGGGCGCAUAGGUUCAGGGAGAGCAUUUGUUCUUUGGGGUCUGGGGGGUCGUUUGUGGAGGGUCUGGGGAUGAUGAUGAGGAAGAGGAGUGAGGUUGUUUUGAAGACUGCUUUGCCCGCGCCGCCGGGGAAGGUGAAGGGAGGGGGGGAUGAGGUUAGGAAGAAGGUGAGGAUGGAUAGUAGGGCUAGUACGGUUGUUUAUGAUGUUAGUACUGGGGAGGCGUGGGAGGAGGUGGAGGAGGAGGGGGUGAAGAGGUCGUCGACGAGGAUUAGCUGGGAGGAUGUGUUGAAUGAUGCUUUGGAGAUUGCGAAGGGGAGUGUAGGGGAGUGGGGGCCGGGUGGGGGGGGCUCUGUAGAUGCAGGAGAGGUGUAG